CCGAGCCUCUCCAUGCAUCUCCAAUCGAUUUCCCGUCCCGCUCCGCCUCUAUCCACUUACCACAUGAUUCAAUUGUCGUUGUGGGGGGGGGGAAUGGGAUGUAAUGAGAUGCGAGCUAUCACCUCGUAAGUGCUGCUGCUCGCACCUUUCACCUGAUUCCGCCUCUUCUUUUGUUUGUGUUCGCCCCCCCCAUCCAUCUGCAGCGGUUGGGUCCUAUCUUCCCAAUCGCACUCUCUGGUCUCCGUGUCUGGCUUCCUCUUCAGUCCCCGAGUGCUUUUCCUUUUCCUGCUCCUCACAUCCAUAUCACCAUCUCUUUUGUCUAGUGUUUCCUCUGAUUGGUCUUUUGUCUUCCUCUCCUCCACUCUCUUCAGAACUCUUUUGAGACAGAAGAGAGUAAAACGCCCAUGGCCAAUCGGAGUGCGCAGACAUAACUCUUUCCGUUUAUUUGAUCUAAUUUUCUGCUUCCCCGUCUUUUCAUCCACUCAAAGCUUUUGCUUUAUCAAGCCAUCCUUUGACGCACUCAUCUACCCGUCGCCCGUUGUUUUUUUUACCCCCCUAUCGUCCCGUUCUCUCCAUUUCCAUUCGUCCACCAUGGACAUAGGAGAUAGAUUGCAAGAGGGGAAGGUGGACACCAGCUCCGUCGCCUCCUCCGAUUCUUCUUGGACAUCAUUUGACCUCAGCACUGACCUCACAUCACUCAGCUCCGACCAAGUCUCGACUCCUCCGACGGCUCUCAGCUGCUGGAACCCGUUCAAGGACCAGCACCCAAAGAAGUCGGUCAAGGUCUCGCGAACUGGGGAGGCAGUAUGGAGGGAGACGUCUUUUCUCGGAAAUGAUGACCAUAAGAGCAAAAUGUCGGGCUGGCCUCCCCCUGGCCCAGGCUCCUGGGGCGGACUGCAGGGUCCUCCGUACAGCUGGGACAGCAUGAACAGCACCAGGGAGGGACGGGACUGCCUCACCAACCAAGUGUCCCAGAGCAGCUCCCUGGAGGAGGUCCACCUGGAUGGGGUCCCCCCCGCCCCUCGCCUGGUGGAGAUGAGACGGGACCCGGUCCUGGGCUUCGGCUUUGUGGCCGGCAGCGAGAAACCGGUGGUGGUCCGCUCUGUCACGCCAGGUGGUCCAUCGGAGGGGAAGCUGUUGCCAGGCGAUGAGAUCAUCCUGAUCAACGACGAGCCGGUCAGCUCGGCUCCUAGAGAACGAGUCAUCGACCUCGUCAGGAGCUGCAAAGAAUCCAUCGUGUUGACUGUUGUCCAACCGUAUCCCUCCCCUAAAUCAGCGUUCAUCAGUGCAGCCAAAAAAGCCAUGCUCAAGUCCAAUCCGGUCAAAGUGCGCUUUGCAGAGGAGGUCAUUAUAAACGGCCAGGUUCCAAACCCGGUGAAGGACAACGCUCUUCUGUUCAUGCCAAAUGUCCUGAAGGUCUACCUGGAGAACGGGCAGACUAAGUCUUUUCGCUUCGACAGCAGCACCUCCAUCAAGGAUGUGAUCCUGACCCUGCAAGAGAAGCUGUCUAUCAAAUGCAUCGAGCACUUCUCCCUGGUGCUGGAGCACCGGACGGAAGGCUCUGGAAGCAAACUGCUCCUCCUGCAUGAGCAGGAGAUGCUUACUCAGGUGACCCAGAGGCCCGGCUGUGACAAGAUGAAGUGUUUCUUCAGGAUCAGCUUCGUGCCCCGGGACCCCGUGGAGCUGCUCCGGAGAGACGCCGUUGCAUUUGAAUACCUCUACGUACAGUGCUGUAACGACGUGGUGUUGGAGCGGUUCGGCCCGGAGCUGAAGUACGACGCCGCGCUGCGAUUGGCCGCCCUACAGAUGUACAUCCUCACCAUGACAACCAGACAGACCCAGAAGGUGUCCCUGAAAUACAUCCAGAAGGAGUGGGGCCUGCCGCUGUUCCUGCCUCCCGUCGUGCUGUCCAGCAUGAAGGAGAAAAACAUCAAGAAGGCUCUGACACACAUCCUCAAAACCAACCAGAACCUCGUGCCUCCGGGGAAAAAACUGACUGCUUUGCAGGCCAAGGUGCAUUACCUGAGGUACCUCAGCGAACUCCGACUGUACGGAGGGAGGGAGUUCAAAUCAAUACUUUUGCAAGGGGAAAAGCAGACUGAGGUGAUGCUGUUAGUGGGCCCGCGUUACGGCAUCAGUCAUGUCAUCAACACCCGGACCAACCUGGUGGCCCUGCUGGCCGACUUCAGCCACGUCAACCGCAUCGAGAUCCUCACCGAGGACGACACCAACGUCCGGCUGGAGCUGCAUGUUCUGGACGUCAGGCCCAUCACACUGAUCAUGGAGUCUAGUGAUGCAAUGAACCUGGCCUGUCUAACAGCAGGCUACUACCGCCUCCUAGUGGACUCGAGGAGGUCUAUCUUCAGCAUGCCACACUACAAUAGCACCGGAGGGGAUGACACUAGUCAGGAUCGUGUCCUGGAGUGGCCGUACAGCACAUCGUUGGGGGAGAGCGAGGAGCCGUCGCCCAACCAGGGAGAGGUCUACAACAGGGACUCGGAGUAUUCAGACAACGGGCAAAGAGAAAACAGCAUCUCCCCUUACUUCCACGAACCCCAAAACCCCGACAGAGACAUCGGGGCGCGGAGAAGUCCGGUGCCCCCUCCUCUUCCUCCCGCUACCAGACACAAACCUCAAGACUCGCCUCGGAGCGCCAAAGUGUCAUUUAUUUUCGGGGGGGACCCGCCCUUGAACAGGCCUAAAGGCUACGAACGACUGUUAGAGAGCCCCGAGGUGCCCGAGCACAGACCGCCCUACUUGCACAACAACACAGACUUCCGGCCGCAGGACAGGGUGCCGUUUCAGUUCAGCGGCCUGACGCACGUCUAUAGUAACAUUAUAACUGAGGAAGGUGGCGAGGAGCCGCUGCUGAGGGAUCUGUUUUUACGCGACACAACGGACGACGCAGAGGACGACGACGACGCUUCCUGCGAAGAAGACUCCACUGGAGGGACGCCGGUGUGUGACGACAGAGGAGGCGGAGGUGAGAACUGUGGCAACCAGGGAGGAGGGUUAGCCACAGCCUCCUUCCUCACACUUUCCAGUUCCACCGACGACAUCAUAGACCUGACGUCGCUGCCACCGCCCGAGGGGGACGACAGCGUCGACGACGAAGAAGACGACACGCUGCUGGAGACACUCAACCUCGCGAUCGCGGCUCCACCGCCGGGUUUUCGGGACAGCCCGGACAAUGACACGGCACCCGAGGGAAGGCCGCUAAGCACACGAGACAAUGACGACAUCCCGGUGUCGUUAAUUGACGCCGUUCCAACGCACGGGGAGGGAGAAGGGAGCAGAGGAGGGGAGAGGAGGCUGGAGAAUGCCGUCAUGAAUACUCUACAGGCAAUAGAGGCUCUGUCUGUCUCUGAACAGAGGCCUCCUCCGCCGCCACCCCACAGUCACCAUCCAGGUGUUUACUCGUCUCGAGGCUUCAGCCCACAGUCGUCCUCAGAUUCCGGCAAUGAGACCAACUCCUCAGAGAUGACUGAAAUCUCUGAUCUGGCCGCCUCUCACAGGCUCCAUGAGAGCCACAUGCGUCUUCUGGUUGCCACGAGGGAAGGCUACCAACCUUUACUUGAGGAGAAAACAGAAUUCCCCGUCUCGCCCAGCACAGUAGGAACGACACAGAAGAAACCCCGCAGUCCAUCGCGGCACCUUCAGCCUCCGGCGGUUCCUCCGAGACGGAGCCCCCUAUUGGAAGCCGCAUCAUCGGGGCCGGACACCUUGGCGGCGAGGACCCAGGCUAACCUCUCGGCCACUCUCCAGCGCCCGAGUUCCACCACGCCGGGAGGCAAGCAUCACAAAAAGUCUGCAGACUCCAGCGGGAAGUACAACACCUUCAGCACAAGGGAAGGACAUCGAGGUGAGAGCGGCAGGCUCCGCGGGCAUCUUGAGUUGGACCAGCGCACUUCGUUCUGUGAGCGGGGGGAAAGUCAAGGAAGACAGAAUUCUUUUUUAGAAGAAAAUUCUGCAGCCGAGAGUGUCGCAAUGAAUAGCCUCCCCCGUGAGCAUCACAGAAUCCCCCGCCCUCCCUCCGCUACCGCUGACCACCUUGUCAACUUGGGGGACUGUGGUGCAGAUAAUGGUGCUGCAGCUGUUGAGCAAGAUGAGCAUUUAGUCGUUGCAUCAUUAAUGUCCCCGGCCAAAAAAUCCAGAUCAGGGGCAUCCGACCAAGGAUCGGACAUACAAAGUGAGCAUCCGCCAAUUUCUAGACAGCAGAGCGUUGCACGGUUGUGCGAGUACCAUCUAGCGAAACGGAUUUCAAAUUUGCAAGGAGAAGCCCACAGCUCGCUACAGGGCUCUCUGUGCUCGUCGCUGGAUGCCGGCGGCAGCACGAACAGUAGCGCCUGCGCCACGCCAACUGACUCGCCGCUCGGCCCCAGUGCGGUCGAAUCAAAACACCACCAUUUGCAACGGCACCCGCUUUCUAAUUCCUCCUCCUCGUUACUCAGGGUGCUAAACUAUGAAGAGAGCAAACCCGGAAUCCCUCGCGGCGCCCCGAACCAGAGCACUCAGGGAAAAGACCUCCACCCUCACGCGGACCCUGCACUCCUUCGGAAAAUGCUGCCCAACAUUCACCCUCCCGCCGCCGGGGCUGAACCCGGCCGCCCCUCCUCGGCCACGCCGUCUAAGCAUAAAGAGACCACAGGUACUGGGAGCAAGAGGCCCCACAAUGAUGUGCAUGCUAAGCAACAGACCUGUUUUAAGGGGCUGAAUCAGAAGGAAGGCAGCGAGGCCUACAGACAACUGAUUAACUAUCUAACAGUCAGCCAGAUGCAUCAGGGAGGGAAGCUGCACAGUGCGGGCAUGGGAGGGGCGGUAAAAAAGGACACAAGGCGCUUUAUCACUAGCAACCCUCAGCUUGUCGAAAUGGUUAAGAAUAGGGGGAACACCAUAGCUCGCUGCCCGUGUAUGCCUUCCUCCAUGUCAUCCCCAUUCCUCAGCCCAAAUUUAGUAACCCCCAAUGCGACCGCCAUGCAGCAGGCGAAUAAAAACCCACAGUCGUACCAUUCCGCCACACUUCCUGCCAAACUCAAGAGAAGCCCCGACGUGCAUGCUCAGAAGCCGAACGACAAUAUAGAUUUCAGGCCGGCUACUACCGAGAGGAGAAGCUCCUUCUCGGGCCUGGAGAGUGAACUAGAGCGGAGCGGCAUGGACCCAGAGCACUUCAUGUCGCUGUAUAAGAGAGAGGGCUGUAUCAGUCGCGAUGGGGGAUUCGUUACAGGUGGAAACCGCGAGGGUGGGGGUACCACUAACCGUCCCCCGCCUCGGUCAAGAAGCCAACCUAGUAGCAGCACCGAGGACUGGUUCAGAUCAGACCCGAGGGCAAAGCAUGCAGUUCGUCAGUCGCCUCAUUCUCGUCCUAACGAUUCUCUUUGUUUCUCUGCUGCCCCCAGUGUGAGUGGCCAACGGGCAGACCUCAACACCAUCUCACUAGGAAGGGGGGACCACCCUUCUGCUUUUAUCAGGCAGACAUCUGCUGGCACUAGGGCUUGCGUUACAUCUCCAACUCCCAACCCACUAUCUCCUCCUCCACCACCUCCCCCACCACCUCCUUUGUGUCUUCCCUCGCAAGCCAACGCCAUCUCCAGCAACUCAGGAUGCACCCAGGAUACCAUCCAUUCCGUCCAGUCCCGGCAGAACCACAUUCAGGCCCUCAUCCCAACCCUACCGCAGACAGACCCCUUCUGCAAUAGCCUGCAACGUGGCCGGGAGCUCAAACGCAGCUCCAGCAACGUCACCGCCAGUUCCGGGAGCGUGGAGGUUCAGUUCGACAAGCCCACUCGGAGCCGGAGCCAGCAGCCCUUGGUACCGUCUGUGCCCCAACAAGGUGACACCAAAGUCCAGCGGAGGCCGACGAGGAAGCGGCUCUCCAAGAGCUACUCCCAAGGCUCCGUGUCCUCCCACACGUGCUGGUCCACAGGCAGCAGAAUAGACAGCAGGAGGGCGUCUGUGGCGUUUCCGUUGCAGAAAGACGCCAAACACAUGAAGGGCUCUCAAAAACUGGACACCAGUCCCUGGAGAUGCAACGGGCCUUUCAGCUACUGUUUCUUUAAACGAAAGAGUGAGGGAGAAGAGGAUGAGAUUGAGUGGGAGAGGCCAAGACGAAGUCGUUGUGGGAACGAUAUUGAUAACGCCGCCGCGUCCGCCAUGUUGCCCUGUGGCUCAGCAAUGGAUUUAGCUGGGGAGCAGCUGUACGGGGAGGUCCUCAACAACAUGAGCUUUAGCGACCGCCUCGCGCGAAUCAACGCGCUCAAGGACCGCAUGUACGGCUUCCCUUCCGGCUUCGUCGACGUCCGCCGCGACGCCAGCGAGCUCAUCGCGCUGGUGCGAUCCAGCGUAGGGCGCUGCGACCGCGGACCCCAGAUGCCACUCCAGGACGUAUCCCAGUACAAGACGCUCCUCGCCGUCGAGUCGAAAGAAUUAGGCCGGGCGUGCCGGAGGAUGGCGCAGGCCCACACCAGUCCCGACGAGAUGCUCCUCGCUGUGACUUGUAGCUUCCAGGUGCUCUGCUGCCUCUGCGAAGCUUGCAUGUGUCUGGUCAAGGGGCUCGGAGCGUCGGCCCCACACCAGCAGAGAGAGGUCGUGGCGAAGGUCGACGAGGUCGUUAUGAACUACAUCUGUUUGCUCAAGGCGGCCGAGACUGCCACCGUGGGAGCGCCAGGGGAGCACAGCGUGAAAGCCCUGGUCCGCCACUCCAGCACCAUGUCGGCGAUUGCUAACGCACUCACCCGCUCCCUUAAAACGCUGCUUAGCAAGUAGAGGCUACUCCUUAUGCUUUAUAGUGUGGCCUACGCAGUCAGUAGAAGUCUGUCUUUAAGCAUCUUAUUUUUGGUUCUGCUGGAUAUAUUUUUCAUAUAAGGUCCAUAUCAAAAUAAAGUGUAAGACUAGUUGACUUAAAAUUAAAGUUAAACUGAAAAAACAAUGAGUACGAUGCUGAAAGGCAGUCCUGUCUGACUGCACUUGCUUUUUCUGAUGACAAUAUUGUAAUGUAUAUUUACAAAGCCAUACUGUCACAGACCUUUGUAAUAAAUGUACCUAAUAGAUACCCUUUUACCUGUGCAUUAUGUAACUUAUUUAAAAUAAAUGUAUAUAAUGUACAUAAAUAUAAUUAUAUUAUUUGCCGUAGCAGUGUUCAGCUUAAUUAGCUCUAAUAUUGUACAGGGCUGGGGUGAAUUCACUUUCAGUUCAAUCAGUUCAUUAAGUGCAGUUUUACUACAGAUAUUUAUAAUUAACCUGUAGAAAUGUAAGUAAAAAUGUAUCACUGUCAGCAACAAUUUCCUCACUGGACUAUCAUUUUAUUCACACGAUUCAACCUAUUAGGUUGAAUUUCCGAAUGACUGUGUAAAAGUGAACUGACUGUUUUUUUUUGUGAAGACGAGAGGAAGAUUUGUUAGAGAUGUUGAAAAUACAGGGACACCAUUUACCACUGCUUCAUAAUAUAUCACAUAGAUUAUUUUCAGAUAAGAAUAAUAAACAGUAAAUAAUAAAGUAUUCCCCCAAAAAAUGCAUACAUUAGACUAUAAUAAUAUGUUAAUAUUGACAAUUUAGAAUUUUUAUUUAUUACGAAAUAUGUCAGAUUGACCACUGUGUUAAUUAAAUAUUUUUUCAGUUUAUGUGUUUUAUUAUCAUCUGUUUUUGGAAUACGUUCUGUGCUUGAAUGAUUUAUUAUUCCACACUAUGUAUCAAGAUGCAAUUAUGUCUCUUGAGAAGAAAUUAAAUUCCUGUUUGUUUUUUUUGUUUGUUUUUUCAAUAAUCCACCAACCUAUUAAAAAACAUUUUACAGAUA